UUGGCAUUCCGCAAGCCCGGGUUUUGUCUUUGGGCAUGCUUGGUAUCUACUUGGACCGAAUUUCUCAGAAUUCUCGUUUGCAUUCCGAAUAAUUUUCCUCAGCUAACCAAACGACUAUUGAUUCAAGACCGCCCAUGAACGGCCAUAAAAGAUCACAAGGGCUUUUAGAUGACCUCGAAACAGCACUCUCUAGGUCAGUGGAAGAUGGAACAUGGCCUGGUGUGGUGGUUGCCGCGACCAAUCAAAGUGGCAGCUUCCGCUACGCCAAAGCCUUCGGACGAGAGGUUUGUACAUCGGCUGCAAAGCCGCUGACCACAAAAUCUAUUAUGGCCUUCGCAUCUAUGAGCAAACUUAUAACUACUGUUGCUGCCUUACAGCUGGUAGAGAAGAAGCUAGUUGAGCUUAAUACGGAUGUGUCGCCUCUGAUACCAGGACUGGCUCGUCAGGAGAUCUUAUAUGGCUGGGAUGCUACGACAGGCCGACCCCUCCUUCACCCACGUCAUACCGCAAUCACCCUCCGAUCUCUGCUCACCCACAGCAGUGGGACGGCUUAUGAUAUGAGCAACUCCGAGCUUGCGCGUUUCGCGGCUUAUCACGGACGGGUCCCCAACUCCGGCGCAACGGUUGACGAACGGUUCGGCUAUCCGCUGCUGUUCGAGCCGGACACAGCAUGGGAGUAUGGCACCGGGAUUGACUGGGUCGGACAGGUCGUUGAACGCAUUACAGGGCAGAGCCUGGAACUGUACAUUAAGAGACACAUCUGGCAGCCUCUGGGUAUUGAACGGAUGAGCUUCUGGCCGACCAGCAUAACUGGCAAAACCAGACAGGCUAGAAUGUCGGUGCGGGACGUGGUUUCCGGGGCGUUCACAGAGUUGGAGGAGCCCUUUCUGACCGAGGGCGUCAGUGAAUGCUUUGGUGGACAAGGUAUAUACGGAUGCCUGGAGGAGUUUUUACAGGUUCUACACUCGAUCUUGGCAGAUGAUGGGAAGCUCCUCACCGGCGAAUCGAUUGCAGAAAUAUUUCGGCCACAGCUCGCGCCACUCAGUCGAGACUCUCUUCAGAGACGUGUCCGCGAGUCCGAGCCCGAAUCCUCAUUCAUUGGCAUCUUUGACAACAGGCGCCUGUAUGACUGGGGACUUGGUGGCAUGCUAGCGCUGGAAAAUGAGCCCUUGGGACGGCGGAAAAACACGCUGUUCUGGAGUGGAAAACCUAAUUUGUUCUGGUUUAUUGAUAAGGAGUCCGAUCUUUGCGGAGUCCUGGGCGCCCAGUUCCUCCCACCGGGCGAUCAGAAGGUGGCAAGGAUGAUUGAGAUGUUUGAAGCUCAUCUUCAUCGAGCCAGAUGCAACAGUCAAGCUACAUGAGAAGACUGUUCAUGUAAAAGAGAUAAAAUAGAAGGCGAAAGCCAGCAGGUAUCUAUCCUGGUAGUCUACACAAUUCGAUCCU